GGCCUCAAAGAAGAAUUGCAAGAAGAGUUUUCGCUCAAUCGCGGACCUUCACUUUUUGGGCGAAGGCCGGUAGGAACUUAUCUAGCCGAACCCCUUAAUCGAUUAGAAAGAGGGCAAGAACUAGCCCAAUCUGCUCACGUUCUACAAAAAACUAGUCGAGAUUAUACUGACCUAAUUGCGGCUAGUAAGGAUGCUUUGGAAAAGAAGAAUAAGGAAGUAGAAAAUAAAGCACAAGAAAUAGAAGGGAUAAAGAAAGACGCAGAAAAGAAAAUAGAACAAAAAACCAAAGAAUUUCAGACUGCUUAUAACAAAGAAAACAAGGAUUGUAUAAUUAACGAAACAACAAAUCAAAAAAAGCAAUUAGAACGAGAAAAAGGAGAGUUAGUUGUAGUUCAUGCGAGAAAGGUAAGAUCUUUGGAGGAAGAGAAACAAUCAAUCCAAGAAGAAAAGGAAAAGUUUAGAGAAGAAAAUUUAAAUCACGAGAGAAAAAUAAAAAAUCUCACUGAGCAAAGCAUCACUUUAACUAAUCAAUUAAGCAGUACUCAACAAAAUUUAAA